AUGCCUCCCUCAGGAAAUGCCUCCCUCAGGUGCCUCCUCCAACAAAAUAUUAUCCGCCCUCAGUUAUUGCCGCCUGUCUGUCUUUGCCCUUUCCUCCAGUUUCCCCCCCCCCACACGCCCUUCCAUGCCAUUGCCAACUCCCCUCUGCACCCCUCCCAUCCCCUUCCCUCUCUGCCCCUCCCAUCCCCUUCCCUCUCUGCCCCUCCCAUCCCCUUCCCUCUCUGCCCCUCCCAUCCCCUUCCCUCUCUGCCCCUCCCAUCCCCUUCCCCCUACCCCUCCCAUACUCCUCCCGCUAUGCUUCUGUGUGACCACCCUAUUCCCUUUCGCGUGCUCCCCACUCCCCUCUGCGCCCUCCCCAACCUCCCUCCCCCACCCUCCCACAUGUUGCUCCUUUUACUCAAGCAGUCCAACAUCCAUCCCACCCUCCCACCCUCCCACCAUCGCACCCUCCCAUCGUCACAUCAUCCCACCAUCCCGCCAUCGGCUCCCAUCCAUUCCCACCGCAUCCCAUUCCACCAGGUGCCGGGCGGCAAGGCUCUAGUGCUGGAUGCGUCUAUCAGCGGCCCGCUCGCCUUCAUCGCUCCCAUCUCUCUCCUCAAGGUGGCUCAGAACACGGAGUGGAGAAUCGGUUCCACAUCAGCAUCUUCUGAGGCGCCUCAAAAGCCCCCAUUCUCCUCCAUCCCCGCUCUCCGCGUGUCCCUUCGUUACAGGAACACGGAGUGGAAAAUCUGUUCCACAUCAGCGCCGACCCCAUCCAAUCACAGUGCUCCACCGUCCUCUACCUCCUGCGCCCCAAUCCGCUUCUCAUUCGCUGGAUCACACGCCAGGUACUGUGUGCUACGACUUGGUUCGGGCAGUGCAGACGAGGACGAGGGCAUCACUCGCACCUACUACUUACUCUGCUCGUGUGCGUGGGGACCAAACCAGCACGAGGGCAUCACGCGCACCUACUCACUCCAUUCGCUCUUCCUGUCCCCUUUCUCCAUCCUGUUCUCCCAUCUCCGUGUCCUAUCUCUGCCGAAUCCUUUUUCAUCAACCCCACCAGUUCUCAUCACCAAGUGCGAGCAGACGAGGACGAGGGCGUCACUUGCACCCACUCACUCCACUCCUUGUCCUGACUCCCUUUCUCGCUCCUUGUCUCCUGGCUAUCCCCUAUCUUCCAUGCAACGUAUCCCACGGUCCCACCAGGUGCGAGCAGACGAGGACGAGGGCGUCACUUGCACCCACUCACUCCACUCCUUGUCCUGA